UUUUUUCCUCCCUUCAUUUUAUAGCGAGAACAACGCUUUAGAGACUCAAGAACACAUUCCCAUUUUUCAGCUGCAAAAAAAAUCGCCAAGUUUUAAAAGGUGACCUCAAGUAGCCAUGGCCCGUACCAAGCAGACUGCCCGUAAGUCCACUGGAGGCAAAGCCCCACGUAAACAGCUGGCCACGAAGGCCGCUCGCAAGAGCGCCCCUUCCACUGGUGGGGUCAAGAAGCCCCAUCGUUACAGGCCCGGUACCGUGGCUCUGCGUGAGAUCCGUCGUUAUCAGAAGUCCACUGAGCUGCUGAUCCGCAAGCUGCCCUUCCAGCGUCUGGUGAGAGAAAUCGCCCAGGACUUCAAGACUGAUCUGCGUUUCCAGAGCGCAGCCAUCGGAGCUCUGCAGGAGGCCAGCGAGGCCUACCUGGUGGGUCUGUUUGAGGACACCAACCUGUGCGCCAUCCACGCCAAGCGUGUCACCAUCAUGCCCAAAGACAUCCAGCUGGCGCGUCGUAUCCGCGGGGAGCGUGCUUCUUUAGUAGCCAUGGCCCGUACCAAGCAGACUGCCCGUAAGUCCACUGGAGGCAAAGCCCCACGUAAACAGCUGGCCACGAAGGCCGCUCGCAAGAGCGCCCCUUCCACUGGUGGGGUCAAGAAGCCCCAUCGUUACAGGCCCGGUACCGUGGCUCUGCGUGAGAUCCGUCGUUAUCAGAAGUCCACUGAGCUGCUGAUCCGCAAGCUGCCCUUCCAGCGUCUGGUGAGAGAAAUCGCCCAGGACUUCAAGACUGAUCUGCGUUUCCAGAGCGCAGCCAUCGGAGCUCUGCAGGAGGCCAGCGAGGCCUACCUGGUGGGUCUGUUUGAGGACACCAACCUGUGCGCCAUCCACGCCAAGCGUGUCACCAUCAUGCCCAAAGACAUCCAGCUGGCGCGUCGUAUCCGCGGGGAGCGUGCUUAAACGCCUCCUCUUGGUCUUUCUCCUUCUCACCUCUUCCUGCCGUUCCUUCACCAGUCCAUCUCUCCGUCCCUCUGCCCCUCACCUCCUC